ACCACUUACUUAAUUUUCACAACUUAUUGCUAUUCUGAGGAGAAGAAAAUAUGGGUGUGAAAGGAAAGUUGAUUGCUUCCAUGGAGAUUAAUGAAGGUGAAAUCGGAAAGGUUGGUUUGGUUGCUAGCGAGAUAUAUAACGAAGAUGGAAGAGAGAAGUUUAUGAAGCAUAUAAUUGAAGCCACCGAUCCUCAGAAGAAAUCAGGCACUUGGAAAGUAAUUGAAGGAGAUUUAUUAGAAUUGUAUAAUUCCUUCACUAUUAGCAUAUCUAUUGAAGACCAGUGGACUACAUGGACAUUUGUGUACGAGAAAAAAACUGAAGAUACCCCUGAGCCCCUUGCUUUCAUGGGUGUAGUCAUUGAUAUCACCAAAGAUGUAGAGGGUCACCUUCUCAAGAAAUAGAAGAUCUAUGUUGAAUAUAUAUAUAUAUAUAUAUAUAUAUAUAUAUAUAUAAAUAAAAUUAAUGUUUGUGUUUGUGUUGCCUGAUGACUAUUUGGCAGUAUUCGCUCGUUCUAGCUAGCCAGCGUGUGAAAUAAAUAAUGUUGUGUGAUGUUUGCCAGUCUGCUUCUAUGGAUGUAUUUUCAAUGAUUAGUAUAUGUAUAAGAUAUUGUGAAAUUAUCGAGUCCGGCCGUGUUGAAGGAAUUUUAUAUAUGAAUGGUUGAAUUUGUUAGAAA